CCGAGGAAGCUUCAUCAUGUUUCUUUCGAGGUGGUUGAAGUAUCGAGUAGGGGUGCAAGAGGGUCGUCAUGGGAGGGGAGGGUUGGGGGAGGGAGAGGUGGAGGGGGGGGAUGGUUCCAGUUCUUCUUCUUUUCAAUGGAAACCGCGAAAACAACGUGGAUCUACCUUACUGAUUAAUCGGAAGGUCGAGCGUUCGAAUCCAUUAAUGGAUGUGAUCAGCUCGCAGCACCGACGGUCGUCUGAUGCAAUUAUUGACUACACCAAGGACGGAAGUUUAGCCGGAAGGAGGGUGGAGGAGAGGAAGUCGCUUGAGUCGUCGGGAUCGCGGCCCCCAUGCACGUGGCAGAAUGUGGUUUGCAAUGCCCUUCGGGAAUGCCGCGAAUGCGCCUGGCGGCUGUUGGUGGAUGGUCGUCGGGAUCGCUGCUGUCACGGCAGUUCAGGGAACAUGGGCAUUAUGAAGCAGAAGAAGAAAGAAGGAUCGGGAUCGGGGUCGCUGCUGAAGGUGGUAAUGAAAGACUGUGAAACAUUCCAAUCCGUUGAUGAUCACAAUGUGAAUGAUCAUGAUGCUGAUGACCGUUGUCAUCAUCAUCAUCAUCUUCAUCGUCAUCAAAUCGGACGGCGAACAGAAUUCAUUUGGCAGAAUCCAUUCCUUUCAUGGAAAGGACUCACAGAAAUGGAAAGGGGAAUACGAGUUUGCUCAGUUGGGAGAGAGGAGGAAUCGAAAACAGAAGACUCCCGUCCGAACUCGUCGGCGGGUUCGCUGCCGCCGCCUCCUGGUUAUCGUCGAAGGUGUCAAGGACUGCAAAAAAAUUUCUCAACGAAUGCAAAUCGACGGACUCGACAGAAGGAAAUUGUCAAGUUAAUAAGGCAGCAUGGUCACGAAAAAGAAGUUGGUACAGGAUGUAAUGAUGGUGUACUCGUCAAGAAUGUGGGUAACCUCACGAAUGUGCUGAAGAGCGCUCCGUCCAAGGCUAUAGAUUUCUUCGCAUUCGAUUUCUUCAAGCAAAUGUUGGCGAGAAGAAGCAAGGACUUGCCGCCUGAGUGGCAGAGGUUUCUUGCAGGUGCAAUGGCAGGCGCAACAGGUCAGGCUGUUGUGUACCCCUUGGAGGUUGUAUCGAGCCACCUAGCAGUGUCGAAGGGAAGAACCAUGAGCCAAGUGUUUGCUCAAAUUCUGAGGAAUGAGGGCCCGGUUGGUUUAUACAGGGGCCUUGGGCCCAGUGUGAUAGGGAUGAUACCAUAUGCUGGCAUCAACUUCGGCGUAUAUGACUUGCUGCAGGAGGCAUUGAAACGGGCCGCCGGUGCGCGAAAUCGGGAAGUAGGAGUCCUGUCCACAAUGUUUUGUGGAAUGGUCGCAUCCGGGGUGGGCAUGAUGGUUUCAUUUCCUCUCGAAGUUGUGCGCAGGCGGCUGCAGGUUCAAACUCUUUACGGAGACCAAAAAAUGUAUAAGGGUAUGAUAGAUGCAAUUUUGAGGAUUUUAGAAGAGGAAGGCCUUGCUGCAUUUUACAAGGGAUGGCUCCCAUCAGCCAUAAAGGUCGUCCCUGCGGCUGCGGCAAGUUUUGCGACGUAUGAAGUUGUCAAGCACCAGGUCGACUGUCUGCAGAAGACAAGUAAGACGAAGUCUGUCAUCGACGAGGACUUCUGGAAGCGUCUGAGCAAGUGUUACGGUGAGAUGAAAAAGAAAGAAGUUUACAGUACGGCUUGAUGCUGCGUAACCCUUUGAGCAUACUCGCAGUAGGAUUUUCGGGUACGUAUUCAACCACAAUUACUGCCAGAUUCG